AUGGGUCAGGGACCUCCUUCUUUCCUUGACCCCACAGACCUCACUGUCGACCUGCUCGAGAAGCACCUCCUUGCAGCUGAGACUAGCAUAGUCGCUGUAGGUGCUUCUCGUGGCACUCCUCGCACUCCCUUCUUUGAGGGGUGUUCCCCCUCCCCCCUUGCCCCCUCUGUCGCUUCUGCUGCUGCUGUUGACUUCCUUCGUGCUGAGGAGGUCGGGGCUGCGUCUGCUCCUAGUGGGAGGCGCCGCAACGGCAAGGGCAAGGGAGGCAAGAGUGGUGGAGGUGGCAGCGGUGGAGGCGGUGGUGGAGGUGGUGGUGGCGGUGGGGGUGGCGGUGGGAGUGGUGGUGGGAGUGGAGGCGUCGGUGGCGGCGGUGGUGGCGGUGGGAGUGGUGGUGGGAGUGGAGGCGUCGGUGACGGCGGUGGUGGUGGUGGUGGUGGCGGCGGUGGUGGCGGCAGUGGGAGUGGUGGCAGCAACAGUGGUGACGGUCGUGGUGGAGCCGUUCAGAGGGGAGAUUCUGGCGGUGGCUAG